GGGAAAACACAGUCACAUGACAUAACAAAGACAGAGAGAGGACAUUAGGCUUGAUUACAGCAGGUUUCUACGUCUAUCAGAAUGGCCAACAUUGUCAGUGUAUUCAUCCUUCUUAUGAUGGCAUUUGGAGCAAGAACAUUUGAGUGUGGUGAAAAUGAUGACCCCUGCAAGAUCCAGCUGCCAGUUGAACCCCGACUUACCAUGAUGGAUGGGUCCAGGCGAGUCAUGCCUACAAAUGGAGGUCUUCGUUACUAUGAUGAAACAAAACCUAUUCGUGACCCAGCGGUACUGAACAGUGUUCUUACAACUGAUGGAGUCUACGCCAGACUUGUCAUCAGCGUCAACGGAACAUUCCCUGGUCCAGAGCUCAUCAUGGAAGAUCAGAAUGUUGAGUUGUCGGUAACCAACGAGCUCCACACAGAUAGUAUCACGGUCCACUUGCAUGGCAUACAUCAGAGGAAAACUCCCUGGAUGGACGGGGUGGCCUACAUUACCCAGUGCCCUAUUCUGCCUGGGUCAACAUUCACUUACAAGUUCAAGGCUUCACCAGCUGGUACACACUGGUAUCACGCUCAUAUUGGGGAUCAAAGAAGCAUGGGGCUCUAUGGUCCUCUGAUUGUCAAGAAGCGAGAGUUGCAACCAAAUAUUAUCGACAAACACAUCAUCAUUAUCCAGGACUGGAACCAUGACAUGGAUCCAGAAACAGCCUACCAGAAAAUGAUACAUGGUAUUUAUAAUUGUGAUGAAAAGUCGACAAUUUGUGAAAGGUAUAAAGAAACACAAACUCUUGAUGGAGCGCUGUUUAGCCGAUUUGAAUUGCAUAGUGGACUGAUCAAUGGGAGAGGUCGAUACCAUUAUGGAUCUGGUCCACAGGAACAUAAUGGGGCACCUCUUACAAGAUUUGAAGUAGUUGCAAAUGAGACAUAUCGCUUUAGAGUGAUCAGUGCAGCAACUCUCUAUCCCUUCCGAGUCUAUGUGGCUGGUCAUCCCAUCACUAUAAUUGCUUCUGAUGGAAGAGGUCUGAAACCUAUGCCCGUGGACUCCUUUGUUAUUCAGACUGGUGAGCGGUAUGACUUCUACUUGGAAACUAAUCAAGAAAUAGGAGAUUACAUGAUUGUGGCAGAGUCUUUGGAGGUCAACAAAACCAGCAUGCAUAUUGCAGAGGCUAUUCUUAGCUAUGUACGUGAUGUAAAUGACUCAAGUAACAAUGCACUGAUAUCAAAUGAGAGAACAUGCAGUGCGAUUCAGCCAUGUCUAAUAUUUAACUGUCCAUAUAGAUACUACCCUGCAGGGCAAUAUCGCAACUGCACCACAUACAACUACGCUUCUGGGACGGAAGACGACAAGGAUAGAGAUGAAAUCCUGAAGGCGAAACAGGUCAAACAGUUCUUCCUGAACUUCGCCUUUCCCGGAGAACCAGGAAACACUCCUGGGUCUGUAAAUGGGCGACAGUUUGUAUCCCCUAAAGUAUCAGCGUUAACUCAACCUUCCAGAGUCCAUUCUGCGUGUUCAGACCUUGGAGACAAAUGUGGGGCUGACAAAAUAUGUAGCUGCAUGUAUACUAUAGAUAUCAGUGAAGGUGAUAUCGUGGAGCUGAUCUUCUUUAACAUGGGUAAGGGCAGAGGUUGGUCUCAUCCGAUUCACAUUCAUGGUCAUUCAGUCUACGUCUUGGCGUACGGGUUCCCUCAGUAUGAUACAACCACUGGAAAGUAUCUGGCGGACAAUGACAAUGUUGAGUGUGAGGACGACUACUGCAAUGUUGCUAAAUGGAGAGGGAGACAGAAGAGACAAAUAUACUCUCAACAGUCCUCAACAAAGCGUAUCCCUCCCCUGAAGGACACAAUGAUUGUCCCAAGUGGAGGCUACGUCAUUACACGAUUCAAGGCUGACAACCCUGGUGUCUGGUUUCUCCACUGCCACAUUGACCUCCAUAACACUAACGGAAUGGCCAUGGCUGUCAAUGAAUCCUUCUCCAAACAUCCCAAGCCUCCUCAAGGAUUCCCUGUCUGUGGUGAUUACACAGAUUUCAAACUGCCACCAGUGUCUGGAGCCAAAGCUUCGCGUCUUUCACUCAAGACGGUAAUUGCGCUGCUUCUGCUGUCACUUGACAAGGUGGUACCGGGUACCAUGGGGUAACUGAUGAAAUUCACCUUCGCCAUCAGAUGUUUAUAGAUUAGUCUUCAGCUUUUCCCCCGUGUUUUACAUAAUAUUUUUUCAAGUCAAAUGUGUAUGUAAUUACUAUUUGCAAAUCAUGUCAACGAUCAACAAUUCAUUCAGAAGUGUCACGUCUCAAAACGAACAAUGUGCUGUUUAGUUAUUGUUUAUUAAAUAUUUGUACAUAUAUAAGUACAAGAAAGAAAAUGUAUAGCUUUCUAAGUGAAGCCUUGAAGGUAAAAUUCAAGAUUGAUACACAUACAAAAGAAUUCACAUACAGAUUUGUUUUCAAACCCUUUUUACUGAAUAAUUCUAAGUUGGGUAGUGAAGUGAACCUUUCCAAAACAGCCCCAAUAUUAGUUUUAUGAGCUUUGGUCAAGUGAAGUUAUUUAUGUUGAACCUAUUAAGAUAUACAUGUAUCAUUACCUUCACACCUUCACAAGAUUACGAUACAAUCCAGCAAUGAUUCAGAAUAUCAUAAGGGGCGGUCGGGUAGCCUAGUGGUUAAAGCGUUCGCUCGUCACGCCGAAGACCCGGGUUCGAUUCCCGACAUGGGUACAAUGUGUGAAGCCCUUUUCUGGUGUCCCCCGCCGUGAUAUUGCUGGAAUAUUGCUAAAAGCGGCGUAAAACCAUACUCACUCACUCACUCACUCACUCACUCAGAAUAUCAUAUUCACAUUCACUGUUAGUUACUACCACGUCGGGAUUCCGCGCUAGAAUUGGUCCUCAGCAACCUAUGCUUAUCAUAAAGGACUGAAUGGAUUGGGCGAUCAUGCUGGUGACCUUGUUGAUUGUUUCCUGGCGGUUAUGGACCUCGGUUUCUCUUAAUCUCAAGCAAAAUACAAACAAAUGAAACAAAAUCAUGUUGGCCUAUUUACAUGUCUGCCAUCCCUUUUGGAAUAAAUGCUGCCAAUCCGUA